GGUAACAUUAAGAGUAUUUCCAAUACUAAUCAGUGAAUUCAUGAAUAUCCCAGAAGAAGACUUCUGAGAAGUAGUAUGAAGAGACUUCCAAGAAGUUGCAGAAAUCAAUAACCUAGUCCAGAUAAGCGCCAGCAAUCAGCAGACAUUUAGAUAGCAUUUUGAACGUUUUGCUAGAACUUGGGAACUACGAGAAGAAGCUAAGAUUUCUAAAGAACAUUUAACCUUGCAUUGAAGACUAUAGAUACUUAUUUUGAAUUUUAAACUUUGCCUAUUGAAAAAUAAGGAAAGGAGAAGCAACUAAAACAUGGAAAAUACAAACAUCUCUGAUGAACAGGAGAAGCAACUAACUACCUGCACUGAGCAAAUACAGAGAGUCAUAAAACUCAACUAUGAUGCAGAGCGCAUCAAGGAACAGAGCGACUUCAUAGAAAACAUCGUUGAUGUUGUCACAACAAGAGUCGGUCUCUUGUACCCAGUUUAUAAAACGCAUCCAAAGUUACGAAAUGGAAGCUUCUACCAGGGAACAAAAAUUUUACAAGCCAGUGAGUUUGAUUUCUUGAACCCUUUGGUUUUUUCUGAUAACAAUGGAAUAAAGAUCGAAAACUAUAGGAAGGUUUACAUGAGUGAUGAAAUAAAAGAAAUUCUGUCAGAACCAAAGAAAGAAUAUGAGUUGGCUCCAUUUCCUGAUGCCGAACAUUCAAGAAAUCUGCUGUGUCCAUUUGACAGCAUCACAUCACCCAUUCAUAAGGCUGUCCGUCGAGCUUUGAAAAAGUUACAUAGCGAGGGUCAGCUUAAAUACAUGGGUCAAUGCAACCUGAAACGUUACAGUCGGGAGGUUGUCGAAGAAGGAAAGGUUGAUCUAGAAAAGUUAAAACAAAGUGAGAUUAUGUUGGAUGAAAACAGAUUUGGUCCUUGUAUAACUCUUGCUGUUGGUGGGCCACUCUGUGUCUCACAUGUAGACUUGACAUUCUGUCUUAAAGACCACAAAGGCCAAAAUGAAGUUAACAACAUGGAUGAAAAGCUGUUUGUGUUACCCAGAAACAGAGUUUGGAUAUUGACGAAGUAUACACCUGGUCAUUAUGAACUUGAUGAACACCAUAGAAAGAUUUUGAUGAUUCUGAAAUAUUGUUUACUCGAAAGCAAACGAUAUGUGCAUGAUACAAAAUACGAUUCUCAUCUCCUAAAAAUGAUCGUGAACCACCACCAAGAGUCAUGUGACAAAAAAUCAUCACUCGGAAAAUGUUUCUAUGAUGUAACCCAACAAUUGUUCCAGCUCGGGAUCGAUAAAGACAAAUCAGAUGAUAAUCUACAUCUCUCCCCCACAUGGUUGGAAAAUCUCAGAAACGUUGGAUACCCACCAGUUACAUUACUGGAAAAAAACAACAAUGUAGACACUGGAGAUAUGAUCUUUACGUUGGUUCUCUACAUUUUAGUUCAUUUUAUGAAAUCUUCCCAUGAUGCAAGAUUCAUGCUGAGUACCCGUGAAGUUCUAUCAGUAUGUCUCCAGUUGAUAUCGAAAUAUUCUAUGAAAGAGUUGGUGACCAAUGUUGGAUCUUUGAGAGAAUUGACACUAAAAAAGGAUGUAAAAGUUGAAAACAUUGAAAGUUUUAUCACAGAGUUGAGUGGUCUGAGAUACAAAGGAGGAGAGAUCAACAUUUUGUUAUCUGCUCUUCCAUUUCCUUAUCCCCCAUAUUGGCCCGACUCGUGCAAACCAAUCAAAAUCACUCAAGAUGGAACAAUAGAGAUAAUACAUCAUACGGACAAAAACUGGACAAAAUGGAAAGAAAUUAUCGACUCCAAUCGCUUGGAAGCUCAGCGAGAAAACCAACAGCAUGUUCUGUCACUACAGAGGGAGCUGUGUUCAAUUGGACGACCCAAUGAAAUUGACCAUCUAAAAUUAACACCCGAGGAGUUCAGACAACAGCAAAUACAAUUUGCAGAGGACAUCAAGCACCAUGCAAAUAAACGUUUAGAUCUUAAUAAGCAAGCAGAUAUAACACGUAAAGAGUCGGAAGAUAAGAAAACCGGAGAUAAGACGUCAGGGAAGCAGAUGUCUCAAGAUAACUGAAGUCCAGUAUGUUAAAAUUUUAGGGCAAUAAUAAUCAUUCACUUUUUGGCUUCUAUGAUCUUUCUGUUUAGAAGAUUAAAGUUGUUUUAGAUAUUAAAUAGUGUAAUCCUUUCUUUCUGUAAUUAUCAGAGUCAAAACUUGAAAAAAGUCCC